AGAUCCUGGAGGAAAGAAAAGGUGUAGUGUUUGGGGAGUUCAGCAGGCUAGGCUGGCUUAGCAGGGCUGGGCUCUUCCUAACAGGUAUUACACAGGGGGGCCCGUUCGUCUGAAACAGAGAGAUAAGGCCGGAGGCGAGAUCUUUGGGUGACAGGUGAGGGGGCUGAGCAGGAUGGAUUUCAGAACCCCUGACCUGCUGGACGUGUGGCUGGAACCUCCAGAAGAUGUCUUCUCAACAGGACCCUUCCUGGAGCUGGGACUCCACUGUCCACCUCCAGAGGUCCCAGUGACUAGGCUACAAGAACAGGGGCUGCAAGGCUGGAAGUCCAGUGGGGGUCAUGGCUGUGGCCUUCAAGAGAGUGAACCUGAAGAUUUCCUGAAGCUUUUCAUUGAUCCCAAUGAAGUAUACUGCUCAGAAGCAUCUCCUGGCAGUGACAGUGGAAUCUCCGAGGACCCUGGCCAUCCAGACAGUCCUCCUGACCUCAAGGCACCCAGUUCCCCUGCCCUCUAUGAGGUUGUCUAUGAGGCAGGGGCUCUGGAGAGGAUGCAAGGGGAAGCUGGGCCAGCUGUAGGGCUCAUCUCUAUCCAGUUAGAUCAGUGGAGCCCACCAUUCAUGAUGCCUGAUGCCUGCAUGGUUGGAGAGCUGCCCCUUGAUGCUCAUGCCCACAUCCUGCCCAGAGCAGGCACUGUAAACCCAGUGCCUUCUGUGACCUCGUUGCCCUGUCAAAACUUGUUCCUGACAGAUGAGGAGAAGCGCCUGCUGGGGCAGGAAGGGGUUUCCCUUCCCUCUCAUCUGCCCCUCACCAAGGCAGAGGAGAGGAUCCUUAAGAAGGUCAGGAGGAAAAUCCGUAACAAGCAGUCAGCUCAGGACAGUCGGCGGCGGAAGAAAGAGUACAUUGAUGGGCUUGAGAGCAGGGUGGCUGCCUGUUCUGCACAGAACCAGGAACUACAGAAAAAAGUACAGGAGCUGGAGAGGAACAACACCUCCCUGGUGACCCAGCUCCGCCAGCUGCAGAUGCUCAUUGCUCAAACCUCCAACAAAGCUGCCCAGACCAGCACUUGUGUUUUGAUUCUCCUUUUUUCCCUGGCUCUCAUCAUCCUGCCCAGUUUCAGCCCCUUUCAGGGUCUACCAGAAGCUGGGCCUGAGGACUACCAGCCUCAUGGAGUGAUUUCCAGAACUAUCUUGACUCACAAGGACAUGACAGAGAAUCUGGAGACCCCCGUGGUAGAGUCCAGCUUCAGGAGGCCAUCUGGGGCCAAGGGCGCAAAUGGCUCAACAAGGACACUGCUUGAGAAGAUGGGAGGGAAGACAGGCCCCCGGAGGCAUGCCAGAGCUGUGCUGCAUGCAGAUGAGAUGUGAGCUGAAUGCUCACUGGCCCACUGCCCAGUCACAGUGAGGAACCCAGGGCUCCCUAUGAUUCUGCGCCCCCCUGGGAUUCCCACGCAGGUUUCUUCAGCCCUACGGGUCCCAAUCACUUCAGGACACCCUCGCUGGCUGUACCCUGUGGCCCAGUCUGCCUUUGUGCGUGAAUACCUCAAAUACUUUUGUUAUAUAUCUGUGAUUUUAUUUCUUCUUUGGGGUUAGAGUAGAGGAAAAAUAGAAGUUUUGGCUGAGAAAUAAAAUUUUUUUGCUUAAACUAUA